AUGCUGGCCUAUGCAUCCAUUUUAUUCCUUGAGACUGGAGCUUCUGUUGAAUCUUCAUUAUCUGAUAUAGCAAUGCCUCUUGUUCCUCGCACUGCUACAUUGUGUGACCUUCUCAAAAUGAAUUACAAAGUUGAGCACCAAAGCAACGACAAUGGUACAAGCAUGCUUUCUCAUUGGCAUGGAAUCAGGGAUGGAUAUAUUGGCUUGCUUGUGUAUAGGCUAAAGUGGGGAGGACCUUUGGCUGUCCAGCAAUUUUGUGCAAGUGGACUCCCUCAACUUAUUAUAAAUUUACUGGGUGACAAUUCUGUUGUUGAUUCUCAAGAUGUGGUUGGAUUAUCUCCUGUUGGAGUAUUCUGGACUGUUUCAUGUCUAACCCAUUGCCUUCCAGGCGGUUCUGUGACCUUUCGACAGAUAUUGUUACAGAAUGACAAUGUUGCAUGUAUUCGUGACUUGGUUUCUGAUGCUCAUCUGAAGCCCCUUAAAUAUUGGGAGGGUCCUGGUGGAGGAAAAAGUGGAGUGAAGGAUAUCAUAAAUGCUGUGAUUGAUUUUUUGGCCUUCCCUUUUGUUGCUGUUCAGAACGCUACUAGUUUGCCUUCUACCACUGCUUCCAUUAGCAGUGGGCAUCUCCUAAAUGUAGGUUCACCUGGUGCCAAAAUAUGCAGCAAAGACUCAGACAUUAUGAAAGCUAUCAGGGAAAACAUGGAAAAAUACACAAAGAUUCUUGUAGAGGUUGGGAUACCUUCUAUAAUUCUGUGUUGUGCUGAUGCUUUGGAGUUGAAGGACACACAAAGGCCAGUGGCAUUCCUUGCUAAAAUGACUAGCCAGUAUUAA